ACUUCAAUUUCUUUUCCUCGUCUUCUAAAAAUUGUAUUUGUUUAAAGAAAAAAAAAAAGAAAAAAAGAAAACCUUGGCGAGGAACUGAUGCCAUCUGGGUUUCAAUUUUGGAUGAAAUUGAAGAAAGAAUCCGAAGUCUUGGUUUUCUGGAACCCAAGGCAAGCUGGAAGCGAUGGUGGAGCUGCUGACAGGAUAGUGUGGACUGGAGUUACUAGCUUGCUAUUGUUUUUGGCCUUUGCAGUGCUAUUUUAAGAUGAUGUAUGGUAUAUACAUUAGAGAAGUAAUGUAAUGCCAGGGGCGGUUCUUAGUCUUACAGGGCAUCUAGUUGUACUUGAGAUUUUGUUUUUCCAUUGCUUGUUUUUCCAUGUCAUUGAUACUAUACUUUAGUAGAUCAUCAUCUAUUGUAUUGAUCAGAUUAUUUGUUAAAAUAACAUUAUUAUUGUGAU